AUGAUGCGAAGGCAAAAUCAAGAUCAACAAUCCAGUGUAUUCGACGAGCUAUCAGCGUUAGUAUUCAAUCUCCUCCGUUCACCACCUACGCCGAUCUCGUUUUCCGAUCAGUUUCCCAUCGCCUCCACGUCGGUGAGGAGGAGGUUGCCGGAGAUAACGCCAGCAGGAUUUGCGUCGUUGCUGUUGGGAAUAUCGUUGACUUUGAUGUUAUGUGGAUCGGUUACGUUUUUUAUUGGGUUCUUGUUGAUGCCUUGGGUUCUUGGAUUGGUUAUGGUGUUUUAUGUUGCUGGGAUUGUCUCUACUAUCUCCAUGCUGGGACGCUAUCUUCUUUGUUACGUCACGGCUCCUCCUUCUUCUCCUCGAAAGGAGAUUCCUGCCGUGGUUUGUUAUUUUGGAUUUGAGUAUGUGUUUGGUUGGUGA